GCGCGGAGGACGUCGAGGGGAGUCGAGAGAGCGACGGCGAGGACGCGGGGUGGAGAAUUGAGUUUCAGACGCUCGCGAAAGUGCACUGCGGCGGCGGUGGGCUCGGGAUGGCGACGUGUUUGGAUUGGCGAUCCGACGGCGCGCUCGCGGCGAGCGCCGCCGAUGGGAGUUUUCGAGUGAUGCGCGAGGACGCGUCUGCGAUCGAGAUCGUGGAUACCGUCGAGGGUGCACACGAUUUAGAGAUGUGGGCGAUCGCGUUCGACGCGACUCGCGCGGACGUGCUGUACACGGGCGCGGAUGAUUGCGCUUUCAAGGCUUGGGAUUUGCGCGACGCGUCGAGGGCGCAAAUGGUCAAUCGUAAGACGCACUGCGCCGGCGUGACGUGCGUCGUGCCGUCGCCGCGAGAUGAAAAUACCGUCGUCACGGGAUCUUACGACGAUCACGUGCGGUUGUGGGACGUCAGGUCGAUGAAAUCCCCCGUGAGCGAGCUGAACGUCGGCGGCGGCGCGUGGCGAUGUCGAUGGCAUCCGACGCGAAACGCGCUCGCGUGCGCCGCCAUGGGCGGUGGCGCCGUGCUCGUCGACGUCGACGACGCCAGCGGCGCACUCAAGGAGGUAUUUACGUACGAUGAACACGAGUCGAUAGUUUACGGCGCGGAUUGGGUGCAAUUAGACGGCGACGACGAUUCGUCAGACGUCCUCGUGACGUGUAGCUUUUACGACAAGAGCGUGCGGUGCUGGCACGUUUAA